AUGACCUGCUACAAGCUCGUCACGGCCGAGUUCAAGUGGUUCGGACUCCAGAGUAAAGUAGAAAAUGUCAUCCAAAAAUCAGAACGGCGGUUGUUCACCAUUUUCCACAGGCAAGUGUUCUGCUCUAUGGACGACUGGUACGGCAUGACGAUGGCCGACAUCCGAGCCAUCGAGGACCGCACGAAGGAGGAGCUGGAACGACUGCGGCGCGAGGGUGAAGUGCGUGGGAUGCGCGCCGAAAACGAGUAAACACCCCGCUCUCCCCUCGGGACGAAUGUGUGAACGGUACGAGCCCUGCAGAACGUUGUUUGAUUGUUACACUUUUAUUCUUAGGCCCAGAAUUAGGCCCGGUGAAACGCAACUGCAACGAAACUGCAACUUUCUGAUGAAUGAAACUGAAAGUUUCAAACUGGUCGCGUCGUGUGUGGUCUCUCAACGGACGCUAUCGCAGAAACUUAGUUGCAACUCAAAAGUAACUAGCAGUUGCAGUUUCGUUGCAGUUGCGUUUCACCGUCUGUUCGGAGCCUUAAGGUCUUUAAGAGCGGUACGGAACGUGGAUCUCUUCACUGUCGCUAAGAUCCUGAGGGCUUAGUGUGAGUUUAUAUCAAACGUCGUCACUAGCGAGCGUAUUAAAAAAAUAUAUGAAGAUUUUAGUUCUUGAACGUUUCCGCUAGGGGCGCUGUACGAUCCGUCAUACAUUUAAUGUCACUAUUUACGCAGUCGACAUCGGAUGCGUUUGACGUAAACUCCACACUACGCCCCCUUAGCUAGAAUACGGAUAUCACGUCGCUUACAGCGUAAACGAUAGAUUAAAGAAAAGGUAUACCUUUUUCAGUGAUAGAAAAGAUUUGGACGCGUAUUCAGAAUUGGUACUGUUUGUCAUAUUAUUUUGAAAUAAUGGCCAAAGUUUUGCAUCGAGUUGUGAGGUUUUCUGAAGUGUAAUUUGAUGAGCCAUAUAAAUUUAAAAAAUCUACUAAUUUGGCAAGUGGAUAAAAGUUUAACUACUGAUGUUUGUUAUUAUUAUUUUUCUGAGAAUCUACAGUCAAGAGAUCGAUACGAAGUUUCAGCUCGGGAGAAGGGCCUUUUUGCAAUGAGAAAAAAGUAUACGUUCACAUUUUUGUCCUGUACCCAAUGAGUUGUGCGCAUACGUCGCAUAGGUUGAGUCAUGGGCGUAACUAGAAAUUUAGUUGAAUUCUGUCUUCCUUAAAAUAAAUAACGUGAGCAAGAUUAUUAAUA